AUGAACGCGCCGAACCGCAGCGACGCAUACUUGCUUCCCGAGGGCGCUCAAAAGGUCACGUACGAAAAAGACACCAAGAUCUCCAACGCCGGCAAGUUCACGAUCUUGCGCGAAGACCACACGAUCGGCAACCUCAUCCGCAUGCAGCUGCUGCGUGACCCGAACGUGACGUUCAGCGGCUACCGGCACCCGCACCCGCUGAUCCAUGACAUUACAGUGCGCGUGCAGACGAACGACGCGUCAUCGCCCGUGGAGGCGCUGGCCAACGCGCUGGACGACCUCAGCACGGAGUUCGACGAGAUCGCGCAGAAGUUCCGACGCCUGACGGGAAACUCGAAGGACCCUAAUUCGUUUAGUUAG